AUGGCGGAAAGCAAGAAACAGAAGACGAUUGUUAUUGGAGCUGGUCCGGUUGGUACCCUAGCGGCUUUGUACGCAGCACAGCGGGGUCACGAUGUAGAGAUUUAUGAUUUACGCAGUGAUCUUCGAGACCCCUCAACGAUACCUCUAAACUUUACUAAAUCCAUCAAUUUGGCACUAUCUGAACGAGGAAUCAAUGCUAUGAGGAAUUCUGGUCGGCCUGCCCUUCUAGAGCAAAUAUUCAAAGAUACGAUUCCCAUGAAAGGUCGUAUGAUUCAUGGCAAGCAUUCUUCAGGAGAGCUGUAUGAACAGUCUCAAGUCUACGAUAUCCACGGAAGAGCAAUAUAUGCGGUAGACCGAGGGGGACUCAACAAAACUCUCCUCGACGAAUUAGACGCUAUGCCUAACGUGAAACUCAUUUUUAACCACAAGUUGACUGGAGCUGACUUUAAGAAAAACAAAGCAUGGUUUGAAGUCUCUGGGAGUAACAAAACUGAUCGCAACCGAGAAAUUGAAAUCGAUUUUGACUUCAUGAUCGGAGCAGAUGGAGCUCAUUCAGCUGCCCGGUAUCACCUAAUGAAGUACCAGCGAAUGAAUUAUCAGCAAGAGUACAUCGAUACACUUUGGUGUGAGUUCCAGAUUCCAGCUCGGGAGUUAGAGCUAGGUAUAAAGGAUGAGUCGAAGUUCCGCAUAUCCCCAAACCAUCUCCAUAUCUGGCCAGGGAAGGACUUCAUGUUCAUCGCCAUACCCAGCUCCAACGGAUCAUUCACAUGUACUCUCUUUUUGCCAUCCGCACACUUCAAUCAACUCGAAACAGAUCUAAAUUCAGUCCCUGCCUUCUUCGACACCCACUUCCCCGGCGUAACGACCCUCAUUCAGCCCUCGGACCUCAUCGCAUCUUUCCACGAAAACCCUCACCUCCCCCUAAUAAGCAUAAAAUGCGCACCCCACCACUUCUCCUCCUCCGUCGUAAUCGUCGGCGACGCCGCCCACGCCAUGGUGCCCUUCUACGGGCAAGGCAUGAACGCAGGCCUGGAAGACAUCACCGUGCUCUUCUCCUUCCUCGACGCAAACCCCACUUCCCGUUCUGUUGCUCUAGAACAAUAUUCCCAGUACCGAAAAGCAGACACGCACGUUAUCAAUGACCUCGCAUUGCAGAACUAUGUCGAGAUGCGCGCUAGUGUUGUGAGCCCGCUAUAUGCGGCCAGGAAGUGGCUCGAAGAGAAGCUGAGUGUGUGGGUGCCGGGCCUGGGGUGGCAGACAAAGUACUCGAGGGUCAGCUUUGGGAAUGAGAGGUAUAGCGAGGUGAUUAGGAAGAGUGAGAGGCAGGGGCGGUUGUUAAGCUUUUGGUUGGUAGGCGUGUUUGGGUGCCCGAUUUUAGUGGGGGGUCUGAUAGCUUGGAGGAGGAUUAAAAGGUGA